AUGUUUCUGAUUUGGGGGAAUUCACGUGACAACACCUCUCAAAAUGCAUCCAACUUGGAAGUUCAGACUAGUUUAAGUGGAGAUCUUAGUAUACCCCCCACUCCAUUACUUGAUAAGGGGCAUGCAGCCCUGAAGUUUAUGCGCAGGAAGAAAGGGAAAGGUUUACAAGAUUUAAAUGGACCAAUUGUUGUAUUCACUCUGAACCUGAGAGGAGUAUCAGCGUCCGCCCUCAUGAAGAGUAUGCAGGCCCAGAGGCGCGCCAUCCUUAAUAAAGGCGACCGAAUCCUCUGUCUGAAAACAGAAACUGCCACUUGCCCCGACUUGGAUUUUGGCAUUGAGAGCGCGUCCAAAGACGAGUCGACAGCACGACACAAUCCCUGCGAGCGAGACGACAGCGACAUCGACACAAGCACCAUUCCGACCCGCUGGAUUACACGAGAGGAGAGGAGGAUUGCGUUUCCGGAUCAACAGUCUCUCAAUCAGCACAGCAGCACAGCACAGCACAGCACAGCACAGCACAGCACCUCCCACAUCGCGACGCUCCAGUACGAGCACGAGCACGAGCGCUUGGCCGCCUCCGCAAUAGCGCGGCAGCUGCAACCAUUGAGUGACCAACCCCUUUGGGGCCGAGUCAACUCAAACAGUCCAACUUGGCGAUCUCAUGCCAGGUGCAGACUGGAAACUCCCCUCCUCGCAGCCUUCCCCCUUCCCCCUUCCCCUGACAGGGCUUUCGACCCCUCAUUCCUCGAAAAAGCUCACCGCAGUCUGAGGCCGAGGGAGGGGGGUGGGGAGGCCCCCUGA